AUGGCAUGGCUGAAGAGCUCACUUACCUUGCUGAGUGGAAGGAAUACACUUGCCCGCCGGGCUUGUACCCUUUCGGUGUCGGCGAGAUCAACAUCACCUGUCAGCCGUGUUCCAGCAACUGCGACACCUGUGACACCUACGAGGUUUGCACGGCGUGCAAGAACGACAAGUUUCUCAACCCAGAUGGUGUGUGUCGCGACAUUUGCCCAGAUGGCUACUGGCAGUUGCCAGUGUGGGGUGGCGUGGGCAACUCCUGCCCACUCUGUGCGGAGAACUGCAGUUUGUGCACCAGUCCGACAGUUUGCCAGGAGUGCCGCAACUCCACGUACCUGUCGCACUACCACUGGUGCGAAGAGGAGUGUCAAGAUGGCUACUACGAGCAGGGUGUCGACGACCUGGGCCGCGUUUGCAAGAUCUGCCCUCCGACGUGCAACAAGUGCGAGGCGGAAGACCACUGCACGGAGUGCAAAUUCUCGACGUUCCUCACGCACUACCAGGCCUGUGAGACAACCUGCCCACCAGGCUACUAUCCGAACAGGACUCGUGAUGUUGGUGGAGUCUGUGAGACCUGCCCCGACGAGUGCACGCAGUGCAGCACCGCAUCCAGCUGCAGCGAGUGCCGCAACGGCCUUUUCCUCACGCCCAACGGCUGGUGCGAGGAAGCCUGUCCAGAGGGUCACUAUGCCCUGGACGGCACCGGGGGGGUGGGCGGCACCUGCCCCAUGUGCCCGGAGAACUGCCACGCCUGCAACAGCGCCGAGGAGUGUACAGUCUGCCGGGGCUUCACGCACCUCACGGAAUACAACCAGUGCCGAUCGGAGUGCCCCAAUGGAUACUAUGAGAACGGCACCGACAGCAUCGGCGGUGGCUGCAACCGGUGUCCGUCGCCAUGCAACCUUUGCGAGACCGCAAACGUGUGCACGGAAUGCGCGGAAGCCUCGUAUCUCACACCGACAGGUGCCUGCGAGUACAAAUGCCCCGACCGCUACCACUUCGAGGGCUCUGAGGACAUCGGGCGCUUUUGCAAAGCGUGUCCGCCAACGUGCUUCAACUGCCUCAGUCAGGAGCAGUGCACGCUGUGUCAGAACUUUACGUUCCUCACGCCGGAUGAGAAGU